AUGCCACCAUCCUCAUCGCCAUCGCCAUCAUCAAAAUCACAUAAACAACCACCACCGCCGCCUCCGCCGGAACCACCGACCACCGGUCUCACACGAUCGUCCUACAAAAAAGGCAAACACACCAAAGUAUUCCGAGUCGUUCGCUCCGUUUUCCGUUCGUUCCCAAUCGUAACACAAGCCAAAAUCCCACUCUUCCCCAGCGGCCGUCCGCCGGAAGGUCAUCGUGGAACAAACUGCGUCACCGGGACGCUGUACGGAUACAGAAAAGGGUGUGUCGCCCUUGCGAUUCAAGAGAACACCAAAACGUUACCGAUCAUGAUUCUAGAAUUGGAGCUCGAAACGAACGAGUUGCAGAACGAAAUGAAUGUGGGAAUGGUUCGAAUCGCGUUAGAGUGCGAGAAACAGCAGGAAAAGGAGAAGGUGAAGCUUCUGGAAGAGCCGUUAUGGACGAUGUUUUUUAAUGGGAGAAAAGGUGGUCGUGGGGUGAAGAGGGAACCAACGGAGGAGGAUUAUUACGUGAUGGAGACGCUUGCGGCGGUGGCGAUGGGUGCCGGAGUUUUGCCGGGGAAAUCUGAGGUGGAAGGUCCCGACGGUGAGAUUGCAUACAUGAGGGCACACUUUGACCGGGUGGUGGGGUCAAGGGAUUCAGAGACGCUUUAUAUGUUGAGCCCUGAUGGGAACAAUGGGCCUGAAUUGAGUAUUUUCUUUGUAAGGAUAUGA